CUCUGCCCAGUGGUACCUUAUACCUUGGCUUUCUAGAAUAUUGCUACUACCUGCAUAUUAUGUAAUCAUGCGAUACUGUCUAGAUAAGACGGCGCCUAACAUUGCAGCCUGUUCUGGUUGGAACCAACCAAACACCUAUUCUACAAUUGAAUUCGGUCACGCUUCUGUUCCUUUCAACAUCAAUAGACAUUCCAUUUUACCCAGUUUGGUCUAACCAUGGUCUCGAAACGAUCGGCCGAGGAUGAGACCGAGUCAAAAGUUCCAAAGAAUAAGCGCCACAAGCCCACUCGAACAGACCCGAUGUCAGGCCAACGCGGCGCGUUUGGGGACUUGGGCGGUGCAACAACAGCGCCUGCUGGUGACAGCGACUUAGAUUGUGAAGAUGACUCUGAAGCUUUGGCAUAUCUGAGAUCUGUCAGAACCCAAGCGUCUACAAUACCACAUGUGCUCGUUGCGACGAAGGCUGGACCUCCUCCCCCACCCCAGGCUCCUACAAGGGCUGGCGAGGAUGACGAAGAACAACCGGCCGACCGGACGAUAUACGAGAACGGCAUCGGUGACUUUCGAGGAUAUUACCAGGAUGGUGCAUACGUAGCGUGCCCAGAUGGUCGUUGGGGUGAUUGCGAUGAAAACGAAGAGCUCUACGAAGGGGACUAUGACGGAGACGAUCGUGAACAGACUAAAUCGGAGAAUGACAAUGACCCUGAUGCUUCGGAGUCGGAUGACGAUCGCCCACGCAAUAGCAGCGCUGAUGAGAUUCGAGAUGCUUAUUUCACCUCUAUCACAAAUCGAUACAUCACGCUCCGUAAACUCCUACAGACCGAACCCCCGGAUACCGCACUGCGUGUUCUUCCCGCAACGAACCCUUCCGAGGUUGGCGAAUGGAAGCGCGGUGCGGAUACCUUCCAGAAGUGGGAGGGGCGUCUGAGAACCACAGAUCCUCUUCCGGCCCAGAUCGCUGCCAUGCACAAGGAUAGUGUCUUUCGCUUGAUACGUGUUAUUCUUACUUGCAAGUUCCUUCGUAAGAGAGCACAACUGCGUGAGCGCACUAGUCGUUGGAUUUGGGCGCUGCUCGCACGUUUACCCGAUGCGGGUGAACUCGAUUACAUGGAGGUCGGCUAUGUUCGUGAGCUCGGGAAGAGAGCUGUCCUGAUGAUGGUCUCUUUGGCCGAGCUCGAAGUGCUCCGGGAACAUUACGACGUCGCUGGUAGUAGCCCGGGCGACCAGGACGAAUACGAGGUUGACGUAGAUGUCGAUGAGUGCUACGACGAUGCUCUCAGCCAAGACAGUCCCGUUGAUAUUGCCAAUGCUCCCACUCCGGAAGACACGAGGGAGCACGUCGAACAAACCAUCGGCCCCCGCGCAUCAACGCCGGGUAAUGGCGCCAAUCAGAAACCCGAUACCGCUACGGAUACGAAGCAUGAAGCUGAAACUACGUACCUGCAAGAACCGAGCCCCGGCGAUACUUCAGACGUAGAGAUGCAGCUAGAUUCCGACAUGGAGGACGGAGAAGUAGCAGACGAACCCCCUCCACCACGUGCAGAUUCUGUAGCUGACAUCGAGACGGCAAAGGCCCAACUUUUGGCGCGCCUCAGCGACGCCGUCGAGGAUGAUGGAGUUAAAGACCUCGAUCUCUCUUCCCCUGUACCACCUUCCGCCAAACCGACCCGGCUUGAUGCUGAGGCGGCUCAGACUACGCCCGACUCUAGGAUAGACGAGAGCGAAGAGGACGAGCGCUAUCAAGCAUUAGACCGCGACAAGAUCAACGAGCGCGCCACGCUCAACAUGAUCCUGACCGUGGCCGGCGAGUUCUACGGGCAGCGAGAUCUCCUCGAAUUUCGAGACCCCUUCGGCGGCCUCCAUUUUGAGUAAGCGAGUAGGUGUGCGACCCCAGUUUUUCGCUGUUGUGCUCAAUUUGAUAUCAACCUCGCCGACCUGGAUAUGUCUGGGUGAGUAUUACGUUUAAAUGUCCUGGUAACAGCCUCUCUCACCGCAUGCGUCACGCUUACUAUACCGCCCUUUGCGUAAUGUUUCGAGGGACCUAGGUAGGAUCUACAUAUUCAUAGAAAAUAAUGCAUAGACUCGAGUCUUGACUUCGUUCGUUCGUGGACUCCUGCAACCAUCGACAAUUUUAUAAU